AUGGACGCGAAUCAAGAAGACGCUCAGGCCCUGGAUGUUGUAAUACGAAUAUCUGUGGCUUCUACCAACUCGUUACAACGUACAUCACCAUCAAAUACCCAGUCUGAAGAAAGCCCUAAAUCUGUUGGAAGCGCAUUAGCAUCACAACAACCCAUUUCUGAAAAUCAUGGUGAAGAAAAGGAUGCAUCAACUGUAAUAGCAGGCCACAAUGGAACGAAAUCUAUGACACAGUUACCACCACCAUCACAACCGCAACGAAGUGAAUCUCGUGAGAUACUGUCAGAGUUCACGCAACUAGGAAUACAUAAUCGGUUUCCCAAAUACAUUCCUGGACAAUCUGGACCAUACAUGUCACAUGUCAACUCUGCUUGCACGUCGCCAUUAACAAGUGCAACGAAUAUUUCAGCAGAUCACGAACAUGCCUUGCCAGAUUUAAGUCUGGGUCCUGCUGCCAUGUCGAAACGACCUAUUGUUGGUAGUAAUUCAAGUGUACGCAGUGUUUCACAAAAUGGGAUUUCAGCUUCUGCUGGUGCUAUUGGGGCUUCCACGGGUGAUAUGCAGGUACAAGACAUUGUGGAUGAUGAGCAUCGUAAUUAUACAAGUCUGGAUUCUACAAGCAAAUCCCAUACACCGUUAAUGAGUGGCUCUUUACAUCCCAUGGACACGAUUACAGAAGCAACAUCAAUCGAAAACAUUCACAAUAUUGGCAAACCCGAACAUUCAGCUUCACCGUUAGGAAUACCACCUGUAUCACCAGUCAUCCGCCCAAUAUCACGAAACAAAUCAAACAGCUCCACCCAUCUAUUUGAAAAAGGUGCAGAAACAACCAUGGUUGCCUCAACACCACAACAAGCAACGUCAGACGAACAAUUACAUACGACAUCGCUAGCAAGCAGGACACGAGAUGAUACACUGACUCGCAAACGAAACUUUCUCCAUCGAUUGUUUCAUCGGGAGAGUGUUACAUCACAGGAUGGCGUUGAGACUACGCCGACUCAUAGUAGUCCUGGUAUCAGUAGCGCUGAACCACUAGAUGGCACAUCGACGCCAGAUGACGAAGCUCCAAGUACUGGUGGAGGUGGACCACGAGACUCGCAUGAAUUCCGACGUGGCAGGUCAAGUGUGAAUGGAAUUGCAUUAUCAGAUACACACCGUCCCAAAUCAAUCGUAUCCAAAAUAUUCGGAUUAUACUACCACGCUUCGUCACCCGAUGACGAUAUCAAUGCAGUCGACGGUGGACACGAGCGUACCCAGUCAAUGGGAUCGCAGGAAAACCUCUCAACGACCAAAGACAAGGAAAAUCCAUGUCGUGACGGAACCACAUCGCCAGACAUACCCGGGUCACCCAAACACACUGGCUCAAGCUUCAUAUCGUCGUACGCAUCAACAACGGAACAUUCAGAAUCUGCGGGACACGCCCUCGCAUUCAGUUUCUUUCGUCGCCAUCACCCAUCUAUCACUGCAUCCGGCGCAACAGACCAUCACGGCAACCACAUGCACGAUGACACAACAAAGGAAUGUACUGAGCACCACACAAACAACCUCCUACGCGAAAUCCUCAUACAUCGACGCUCCAAACACCACUCCGCUACUCCAGUCGGGACAACACCAACAUCCCACAACGCAGUGGCUCCAAACAAUAGCGCUACAAACCUAGCAUUUUCAUCUUCACCACACCCAAUAACACCUGUAACAGACUCGUCAAGUGCAAGUGCGUCACCAUCGGUAGACGAUGGAUCUCCAAUGACCAUGUCGUCGACGCCUAAAUCGCGAUUCUCGAUGCACCGAACGGCUAGUGAGCAGAGCAUGACUGAGAAAUACGGAAGAGUGGAUGAGGUGCUCGGACGUGGUGCUAACGCUGUGGUGAAAUUGGCGCAUAAGGUGUCGGAGCCUGUGCUGGGAUGCUCGCAUGAGAAGCUUUAUGCUGUCAAGGAGUUUCGUAAGCAAAGGAAGUGCGAGUCGUAUAAGGAAUACAUCAAGAAACUAGUCGCUGAAUUCUGUAUAUCGAGCUCCAUGCACAACGAGAACGUUGUGGAAACGGUUGAUCUCAUUCAAGACGAGCGAGACAGGUGGUGCGAAGUAAUGGAAUACCUCGGAGGUGGCGAUCUGUUCUCCUACAUAGCAAAAGGCCUCCUUAAAGAUGUAGACGCCAUCAACUGCUACUUUAAACAAGUAGUGCAAGGUGUAGCAUACAUCCACUCAAUGGGUGUAGCACAUCGUGAUUUGAAACCAGAGAACCUGUUGCUGGAUAUUAGUUAUGGUACUUUGAAAAUCACUGAUUUCGGGGUGUCUGAAGUAUACAGGACAGCAUUCGAAAAGGCGCCACGAAAAGCCAAAGGACUGUGUGGUUCUGAGCCGUACAUUGCACCAGAAGAGUGGGAGGAAGGUGCUGAAUACGAUCCAUGUAAGGUGGAUGUUUGGGCUAUAGGAAUCAUAUACUACACAAUGAUAUACAACUCAGUCCCCUGGCGCGCCUCUAAGCAAGGCGAUACACACUACCAAUGCUACCUCUCACGACGCCAUCCAGGACCACCUGCACAUGGAUUUAUACCGUUUGAUCGCCAACCACCUGGAACCCGAGACAUGCUGUAUCGACUGCUGGAUCCAUCCGCAGAUCAGCGUAUCAGCAUCACGGAGAUUAUGAACGAUCCGUGGUUUAUGAAGAUUGAGAGUUGUAAGCUUGCUACGAAGGAUACGCAUGUUGUGGGGCAUCAUCAUGAGAGUCCUGCUCCAAAGUAA